AUGGGGGCUGUAGUGAACGAUUUGCAAAAAAAUAUGCAGGGGUAUUUCCAGCCACACGCUAGCUUUAGAUUAACGUGGCAAGAUAUGAUAAUGUCAGUAGCUUGGAUUAGCCAGAAUGAAGUUUUACAUGUGCCUGGUUCUCCUGAUGGUCGUUGGAUGUGCCUUGAGUUUCGCAGAAAGAGACGACUUGUUUGCGGAGGAGGUGAUGCAAGAACCGGAAUCUUCCGGGCUUCCGGAGAGGACGUAUUGCCGAACUCGCAGAGAUUGUCCAGAACCUGGCUCUUAUUGUAUUCAUGGCGAAUGCAUUGCGGACAUGUGGAGGCCUGGAUCAAUUCCUUCAAGUAAAGAACAUUAGAAAUACUGGCAAUGAAUUUUUGCUUUAUUCGGAUUAAACAAAGGGGUUUCACAUUAGUUAAGUUUUCCUCUUUCCCGAUCAUGAAGACUGUCUCAUUUUUUAUUGUUAACAAAAAUACUGGGUCCGUGUUCCAGCCUGUUUUCCCAUUAAUUCCGUUACAGUUCUGUUCACGUCUGAAGGCUCCUCUUCAUGAUGUUGAAUUUUAGAGCAACAUUGAAAUCAACAUCAAACAAAAAAUAUAUAAAAUCGAU